GAGGAGCCGCUGGAUGUUGCGCAAGAGGGAGCGCAUUUGUUUUUACUGUAUCUUAUUGCGGCGAUUGAAAGAAAGUGUGAGGUGCGGCAGUAUGAGAUGUUCAAGAAAAAUGUCCGAAGUCGCGCUUACGAUCACUACAAGCAGAAGGACAACUGCCAAUUCAUGUUAAGGCUAUAGAUAAAUCAUCCUCUUGCGCAGCCGCAUCCUCGAAAAGAGAAAAGUAUGCCUCAGUAUUCUCGUGCUCGACUGCUACUCCUCAAAAUGGAUCAUGCAGCCGAAAGAUGAACUACGGAGAGCGCUAAUCAUAUUGCAGGCGAUACGGAACUACUGCAGAGUUCUCCAAGGCAAUAUCGUUGACCGCGCAAGGAACCUGCCGCGCUUUUUUACGUCCAUUUUUGAGUGUUAACCUUAACGUCUAUUUUCAUUUUCCUCAUUUUUUAAGGAACUAUAAGUAGUGAAAUAAAUAGGGUCAGUAAUUCUCCUUCUGGUAUUUUUUCAGAAUGUCAGUGUUGCCGUGCAAUUUUUGCUUGUGUUUUUUCUAGUGCGGCUCAGUCUAACCUCAGUCUAACCACGACUCGAUCAUGAUUAAUAAAUCUGAUUGUUCAUGAUCUGGCAACAUCAGGUAGACUUCCCAGGAGUAAAGGUUAUAGGUAGAAGUGCCGCUAGACUGUGACUUGUACCGAAUAAAGGGGUAUAGUUAGAAGCGGCACCCAGUAAAGUAAAUACAUAUGAUAGGUAGAAUUAGAAGCGCCGCUAAUCUUGCGCAAUUGUUCGUGAAUGGCAUUUUGACCAGGGCCGCCGAAACAGACCUCGCUAUUCGAUCGAAUCUAAGGGUAGGUCUUAGGUGUUCCUGUUACCGUUUGUUUUGUCCCUCCUAAGGGAGAAGAGCAUAACAAAAGGGAAACAGAAACACCAAAAAACUACCUCUAACGACUCCAGGCCGGCACUUUGAAAGGGAUGCACUACAGCAUGGCUGGAUAAACCGAGUAGACGUUAAGACUCAGACUUCAGAAGUGCCAUUGGUUAAUGAGGGGGCUAGUCACUGUCACUGAAGAGGCCUUGUUCUGAACAGUCGCGAAGACGAAGCGCCUGGUUCUGAACAAGGAAGAAGGGCUUAGGCUUGAAAAAGAAGUGAAAUAGUUAUAGUAAGCACUUUUGAAAUAAGUAGCAGCACAAUGCAUGGGUGUGUGCCUGUGAUGUACUACGAGGGUCUUGCACAAGAAGGCUGAUCGGGCCUCCCUUCAUCUUGUAUGUUGUAGAGCAGCCCCUUGAGGCAUCCUGACACGACUUGGAAACUACAGGGACGUGAUGUAAUUAGCGGGUCUCCUUGUCUGUUCAGAAUCACGACCCUUUGGAAAUUACAGUGACCAACGUCCGUUCGGAAAUUACAGUCACGACCAAUGACUUCCAACCUUUCUAAGGAAUCCAUAUAUAAUAGCAAGAAAGGCGGCCUUCUAGAUCCUGAUCAUCCGGAUAUUACUGAAUAUCUCCCUGGUGUACCUGACAACGUGGAACUCCAGUUGAUGUUAAGGGUUGAAUAAUUUCGUUUCUUUCUCUACACACGCGUUCCCCUUAGCAUUGCUCAUAUUUGAAAGCUCUAUUUGGCACAUUUCAAGAAGAAACGCGUCAAAUUAAAGUGCAAGACAAACAUUGGUCUGAAACGUAGAAGGUUCAACCUGCUUUAAUGAUAGAGGUGCUUUUGAACUUUCUGAAAAAAGAAGCUGAGCUUGAAGACGAGCAGCGUUGUGGGGGAAGCGGAAGCGACGUCGAAGAUGAAGUAGAGCCUGUGUUGAAAUACUUGAUGCGUGUUCCGUGUGUCGCAGAGGAAGAAUGGGGACCUCUCAAUGUGCAAGGGGAACUCGGUAUGCGGACACGUCUUGGUGCAAAAGCGAUUAUAUGGGAAGCGCCCCUACCAUAUUUAAGGACUUCGAUUUUCACUUUCAUUUUGAUGUUUCUUUGAUUACCAAUGACACGCACUGGCUGCACUGAUGGAGCUGCACGCUGUGAAGAAAAUAAGUAUCGUUCCGUUGUUGUAGCGUUCGUACUUUCGAAGGAGAUCAUUCCCUUGCCCUUCCCCUCGUUCUCAAUUAGUGGCAUCGAUAAUUUUUGUAGUGAUUUUCUUCGCUGGUUCUACGUCAUGUUGAUGUUGUAUGCUCCCGUUUGAUUUGAAACAGAUGAAAUCCGUUGCUUCAACAAAAUUGGGUAUCGAUUGGAGGUAUCUAUGGUAUUAUUUGUAGAAGAUCAGGUCGUUUCUAACUACUUUACUGAUGCGGUGGCGGCCGGCAACGCAGUAUCGUGGGGGGCCGACUGUGAGACGUGGGAUGCCUCGAGCCAUGAUGUACCUGUUGGAGAACGUGGCGUGGCCUCCCGACAUUUAUUCCUUCACCAACGUUAAGGCCUUAUUGCAAUAACUCUAGUACUAAUCUAUAACUACAAGGAAGGAGAGGACUUCUAAUCCAAGUGAAAUCUUCAUGAUACAACUCCUAAUCAGAAGUACUAAUCCAGCACCUUAACCAAUGUUACAGUUACAGGCGAUGGCCAUGGCGACGGGAGGAAUAUCUUUAGUAGUACCAGCUCUUCUAACAGUGCCCAUGGUGAUACUAUGUUGCUUUACCUUUUGGACUACGACUAUGAUUCGUAUGAGGCAGGAGCAGGAGGCGCCUACAAUUGUGGUUCAGAUGAUGCAGGGGACCCCGGAUUGCUUGCGUUGAUCUCAGCUAACCGCAAGAGCUUGGAGAAGCUUUGCAUCGUGAACGAUGAGCAGCAGGUGGCUAUGGUCACCAGAUUGGCUACGUUCUUAGCUAACCGCAUGAGCUUGGAGCAGCUUUGCAUCGUGAACGAUGAGCAUCAAGUGGCUAUUACGGCUGCUGUCAUUCUGGCCCUCAAAGUGGCUCCAUUUUUAUGGUUAGUUUUUAUCCAUCUUUCUCGGCAUCUUGGUCCCCUUUUGCCUUGUAUUCUCAUGAAAUACAUCAAGGGGAAAGGGGUGGAGAUGAGGGGACCAAGAUGGGCUAAGGGUGAGUCUAACACUUCAGCUAGUGGCGCAUACCAUCAAAGAGAGAAUGCUUUACUUUUUGCGGCAGGAGGAGCAAACCCAGAGCCUAGAAGCAGUAGCAGAUACCGGAAGCGGAACAACAGGUACUAAAAAAGGAGCUGUCACUCACGACCUUCAAGCUGGACAUGAAGCUGUCACUCACGACCUUCAAGCUGGACAUGAAGCUGUCACUCACAACGACCUUCAAGCUGGACAUGAAGCUGUCACUCACGACCUUCAAGCUGGACAUGAUCAUGAUGAUGCACGACCAGAAGUUCUAGGGGCUACAAUUGCUACUGCACCUGAAGCUCCUGCAUCCUCACAACCUUCAUUAACACGACCAACAGAAAGCCUGAAGAUUGACUUCCCUCGUGUCAUUUUUGCGAUGAAAAGGUGCAGGAGUGAGGCUGGAAAACGAAAAGGAGCAGACAACACAAAAGGUGUGCUUGAGGCAAAAGCCAUGCUUGAGGAAGUUAUCGACGCCCUUGAAAGUAGGCACAGGCUCCUGCUGAAUGUUAGCGGGUUGAGCUCUAACAAUGAGCGUGCUCAUCUUCGCGCUUCUCCGAGGUCAUCAGCAGCGCAAAGUUGUGAUCGCGAAGAUAAAACAGCACCUGCUGUGCAAGAAAAAGCUAUUCAUGACAGAUCAUGCUGUUUUUAGAAGUGUUGAGACGUUGUAGAGGCUGAGCAUGAAGGUAUUCCAGGAGGUAUUAUACUAGGUGUUGAUAUUCAUCUUCAUGGAUACGGAUAGUAUCUUCUGCAAAUAUUUUCAAUUUCAAAUUCAAACUCGCAGUUCAUCAAGUUGAAGAUACGAGGGACACCUGCCCACAAUUGUCAAGGAU